AUGGGCGCCUCUACUGCAAAUGGCAGCCGUGCGGGCCAUGUUCCCCUUGAGCCAAUUGCCAUUGUAGGAAUGGCCUGUCAUCUUCCUGGUUCUAUUACGUCCCCUUCCGCACUUUGGGACGCCCUGGUCAACAAGACAUCCGUCCAGACACCAACUGUGCCCGAGAGUCGCUUCAACAUCGAUGCCUUCUACCACAGAAACCAGAACAGACCCGGUAGUUUCAAUGUUCGUGGCGGUUACUUCCUUGACGGCAGUCCGCAAGACUUUGAUCCUAGCUUUUUUGGCAUAACGCCGAUUGAGGCCAUGUGGUUGGAUCCGCAGCAACGGCGUAUACUCGAAGUUACGCAUGAAUGCCUCGAAAACGCUGGCUUGAGACUAGAAGAUGUUGCCGGAAAGAAUAUUGGGGUGUUUGUGGGAUCCUUCACCUCAGAUUACCAACAGAUGCUCCAUCGCGAACCGGACUUCCGCCACGAAUAUGCUGCGACAGGAACUGAUCCUGGCAUUCUUAGCGCGAGAGUCUGUAACAUAUUUGAUCUAUGCGGGCCGAGCGCCGUGAUAAAUAGCGCAUGUUCUUCGUCUAUGACUGCCAUCCACCAAGCAUGCCUGGCUCUUCAGACAGGCGAAUGCGACGGCGCAAUCGCGGGAGGCGUGAAUCUAAUCAUUGCAGUAGACCAACACAUGAAUACCGCUAAGAUGGGGAUAUUAUCGCCAACGUCCACCUGUCACACCUUUGAUGCAGCAGCAGACGGGUAUGGCCGUGCCGAAGGAGCUGGCGCCAUAUAUCUACGUAGGCUCAGUGAUGCGGUACGCGAUGGUAAUCCAAUUCGUGCUGUUAUCCGGGGCUCAGCGCUCAAUACAAACGGAAAGGUGAAGAACCAGGGGAUUACCCAUCCAAGUCUAGAGGGACAGGAAAGAGUCCUGCGUGCUGCUUACAAAAGGGCCGGCUUGGACCCAACAGAUACACUUUAUGUCGAGUGCCACGGGACUGGCACGCCAGUUGGCGAUCCCAUAGAAGUCAAAGCCAUCUCUAACGGGAUGAACGAAAGACGGAGUCGCGAGCAGCCUCUGUUGCUGGGAGCAAUAAAAGCCAACAUUGGCCAUAGUGAAGCUGCCAGUGGUAUAUUUGCUGUGAUCAAGGCGGCUCUGAUAUUGGAAUCUGGUGUCAUCCCCGGAGUAGCGGGACUCAAGACACUCAACCCGGCUCUGAAGGAGGAAGAAUGGAAUGUUAAAGUAAAUCGGGAUACGAUAUUGUGGCCUGAGAGCCCCCUUACCCGGCGGGUUGGGAUCUCGUCCUUCGGAUAUGGUGGCACUAACGGCCAUCUGAUACUGGAGGCCGCGCAGCCCGACCAUAAGCAGACGAGGGCUAAAACAGGACCUGGGAUCUCAAGUCCUAGCAAGGCGUUGGUAUGUCUCACAGCACACGAUCGAGCUACACUAGAGAAGAAUAUCGAGGCGCACGCUUGUAUUGUCGACAAUCAUCAUCUUCAAGAUGUGGCCUACACACUAAAUUGCUGUCGAACACACUUUACCCAUAGAGCGUUCACUAUUGCUCUUCAAGAUCAAGAAACACAGAACUUCAGCAAGCAAAGCAUGGAGUUCGGAGUCGUAGAUUCUCCUGGUCCGGUUGCCUUCGUCUUCACGGGGCAGGGUGCCCAGUGGGUUGGCAUGGGAAGAGAUGCUAUGCAUACUCUACCCACGUUUAACAAAGCCAUCAGAUCACUGGAUCGGUAUUUGAGAGAAUUACAGCCGCUGGUAAGAUGGACCAUAGAGGAGGUCUUACUCGGAAACAUCGACUCGGACUAUGUUGCCGAGCCGAAUAUUGCACAGCCAGUAUGUACAGCAUUCCAGAUCGCCAUAGUUGAUCAGCUAAGGAAGUGGGGAAUCACUCCAUCUGCUGUCGUGGGGCAUUCCUCUGGGGAGAUUGCUGCAGCAUAUGCUGCAGGUAUGCUAUCAGCCCGAGAAGCUUUUGUGAUCUCUUUCUAUCGUGGCCAGGCAGUUGCACAAAAAGGCCCUGCAGGCGCAAUGCUUGCUGUUGGAGCUGGUAUGGACAAGGUCGAGCCUUAUAUCCAUGACACAGAUGUUGUUAUUGCAUGCGAGAACUCCCCCGAGAGCGUUACUCUCAGCGGCUCGGAGAGUUCAACUGAGAAAAUUAAAUCCCAGCUUGAGGCCUCUAAGAUUUUCGUGAAGGAACUAAAAACUGGAAAGCCCUACCACUCGCCUGCAAUGAAAGUUGUUGCUCCUCUUUAUGAGCAACUCCUUCUGAGAGCAAAACCGGAAGCUGGUUCGUCAGCUCCCUCAGAACAGCUUUCCCGCGUCCCAAUGAUAUCUUCUGUUACGGGGACACGAGUUUAUGAGAAAGAUAUGAAUUCCAGGUAUUGGGUAGAAAACCUCAUCAAUAGGGUCCGCUUUCAUGCAGCCAUCACCGAACUUCAGAGUAUGGAAGCACUGCAGGGCUUGAGUCACUUUGUCGAGAGCGGGCCUCACUCAGCUCUGUCUGGGCCACUGAAGCAGAUAAUAUCGGGUAAUGGCCUGCAGAGCGAAAUAAAAUACAUUCCGAGUAUUAUCAGAGGAUCUGAUUCUUGCGACGACUUGCUGCGAGUUGCCGGACGUCUGUUUCUUUCCCGGUACAAUGUUCGCUUGCAGGAUGUGACUUACGACUUGUGCAAGGAGCCAGGCCCACGACUGCUAGUUGACCUUCCGCCUUACCAAUGGAAUUAUACAAAGGAGUACUGGCGAGAGACACGAAUAAGCCAAGAACAGCGCCAACAAUCAGAACCUCGGCAUGACCUCUUGGGCAGACGAGUUGUAGGGCUUUCAAAUACGAUCUAUGCCUGGAAGAAUGUUCUACGGCUCCGAGAUGUACCAUGGCUGAGAGACCAUCGUAUUGGAAGCGAGGUCUUGCUGCCUGGCGCAGCGUACAUUGCUGUAGCCAUUGAAGCCUUAUGGCAAAUCAGUGAUACACCGUUCAGUCCGAGCAAUGGCGCAUGCUUGAAGAACUUUGAAUUUCAGCAAGGACUUGUAAUACCAGAUACCGAAGAUGGAAUUGAGGUAAUGACCAUACUGUCGCGCCAAAAUAAUAAGGGAUCCGGUUGGUAUAAAAUCACUGUUGAGUCCCUCCUGAACAACCAUUGGACUACUCAUUGCAGCGGCCUUAUAACAGCUCGCAAGACAAGACAGAACAUACCUUGGCAGUCUCAUCAAUACAUGGUCAAGACGCUGCAUCAAUGUACCCACUCAGAUAGGUGGUACAAGACAUUCGAUCGAGUUGGAGUCUAUUAUGGACGCACGUUUCAGCGUUUAGGAGAGGUUGAAUCCAAUGGCCGGGAUCAUGCAGCAGCAAGUACCAUCGAGUUGGAUCAAGAGAGUGGGACUAUUUCUGGCGAAUCAAGAUAUGUCAUGCAUCCCGGAACCAUUGAUGCCUGUUUCCAGCUUGCCAUUAUUUCCUUCGAGAAGGGACGUUACAAUGUCAUGCCCUACAGCACAAUACCGAUGCGUGUCGAAGAGAUGACCAUUGCUUAUCCCGAAGAGGCUGAAGGAAAUGCAUUUGCAUGGACGGAUGAGUGCCCGCGCCCUUUUUUCCGGUCGCACAUACAGCUAGUCGAUGCAUACGGGCUCCCGUUGCUGGAAUGUAAGGGAAUAUGGUUCAAGGAGCACGAGAUGAGCUGGUCGGCUCGCUCGACAGCGGUCGUUCCGGACCAGAAGUACAUGCAAAACCGGUGGCAACCUGACGUUGACCGUGCAGCUAAGUCUCUGGGGCAGUGGUCUUACAAGUCGCUCGAAGAAGCUGUCCUUGGGUUGAUUGGCCUGGUUAACCACAAGCGACCAAUACAAAAAGCGUUUGUCGCUGCAGGAGACGACUAUAGCCUGAUAGAGGCCAUGGCACACCAUUUUCCCGAUACCGGAAAAUUAACUGUUGCUGAGAUGCUCGACGGGGAGGUGGAAAAGAUACCACAGUUCGCUCUACCGGAGAAUGUAUUGAUAAUACAGCUCUCACCAAACAUGUCCCAGUUAUCUUCAAGCUUGGAGGGGGCACAUGACCUUGUCAUUUUCAAAGGAAAGCUGAAUUCGGACAUUAUCCAAGAACUACAAUCUAUCCUGGCGCCCACCGGUAGGAUGCUCAUAUUACAGGACGAAGAUACCUCGGUAAAUAGCAGCUGUCUAGACUGUCCCUCCAUGAUUUCCAGACCAACCUUAGAACUCUCUGUUUCAAGAACUAAGCUGGCACUCUCCGAGGAGCUACAACACGGAGGUAUUCAAGAAAUAGAGCCGACAGUGGUCACCUUGGUGGCCGAAGAAAGUUCGAACCAACGUCUGGUGAAGGAGUAUGUGGAAGCGCUUCAGGCUCUGGAAGUGGCUGUCGAUGUAGUAAAUCUGCACCAGUCCAACCAUGCGUUUCACCAAAAUACGGUAAUUCUUGACGUCGAUGGUAGCAUUUUGUCGAAUCCCUGCGAGACACAGUUCGACUUGCUCAAGAAGCUGGUUCUCUCCGAGGAAAGUGUGCUUCUCUGGCUCACUUUGGGUGUUAAUCAAGGCCGGAAUUCCGAAGGCGGCCUGAGUUUAGGAUUCCUGCGGGCUGCCAGAUCGGAGCAUCCUGGGCCUAAGAUUCUAUCAGUGGAUGUCGAUUGGGAGGAGUCACCUCAUAGCAUUGCACAGGCUAUGCUGACAGCCCUGGGAACUGCAGCACCUCGGGGCUCUGGUCAUGAAACGGAGUUCUGGCUUCACGAAGGAGCUCUCCAUACCAAUCGGCUGGUGCCAUGGGAAUGCCCCAGUAUAUGCCCCGAACAUAGUCAGGCGGUGAAAUUGUCACUGGACAUGCCGCUACAGAGCGAGCUUGUGAACAGCGCGUUAAUCUUCAGGGCCAAUGAAGAUUUUAUGACAGACUCAAAGGAGGACGAGAUAUGUCUCCAGGUGGAGAUGACUGAGUACCAGGGUUGCGCUCCUGACCAACGCACAAAGCAACCGGUCAUCGUUGUCGGCCAUGCAAUUUCCAAUAGUCGCGAAAGUACACUUCGUCAGGUAGUCACACUCGCCGCACAGAGUGGCUAUCAAACCAUUGUCAAGACAAAGAAAGGUUGCUAUUUCGAUUGUGAGGGUCUCGACCCAGCACUCCUUUGCGCCACCCUUCCAACUGUAUGCAAAGUCCUUCUCUGCAUGAGAUGGUUAGGAAGAGCCAAAAAGGAUGAUCAUAUCCUCAUUUUACAUAUGCCCCUCUUGUUUGCUAAGUUGGCCAUCAGUCUCAGUAAGGAACUGAAUGCCCGGAUCACUGUCGUUGUAGCAACACAAGAAGAGAGCGAAGAACUGUAUGAAGCCUCGUCGUCCGGCAUUCCGAUUGUUGUCGUUGAGGAUAUGCAUGCAUCUCAUAUGUCGCCAGUUCUCGAAGCUACCUCCGGGAAAUUUUCACUCGUGAUAUGCAAUCGGUUCUCAGUAGCUGGUCAAGAGGCAUGGAGACACAUAUCAGCGGCCGGUCGGUUUGUCUUAUGCAAUGGAGAUAUGGAAGGGAAGCUGGAUACAGGUCCUUUUACCAAGGGUGCUUCUUUCCUGCCGAUGGGAUACGAAAACCUCGGUACACGACAAGAGAUGGCGGCUGAAAUCCUACAGGAUGGGUUGGAGUUUUUGAAAAAGAACAAGGACAUCUGGACGUCCCAUGUGCCAGUGUACAGCAUUGAUCAAAUGCCCACGCAGUCAAAUGGAAACCAGUCCAAAGCAUCUCUAAGUUCAGCUGAAGAGGUACAUGCGGCAGUGCGAUUCAACUAUGGUGAAAGUUCGGUGAAGAUCUUACCUCCGAUCCGACGGGUCAAAUUCUUCCCUGAUGCAGCAUACCUACUUAUUGGAGGGCUCGGCGGCCUUGGAAGCAGUCUGGUCCGUUGGAUGACGGAACGAGGAUGUCGACAUUUCAUUUUUGUGUCACGCUCAGGCGCAACGCAGCAAAAGGCAGCACAGACCGUUGAACUUGCCGAAAAGGCCGGCGCAUCCGUACAGGUGUUCCAGGCUGAUGCUGGCAAUGAGUCCGAUAUGAGAGCCAUUGUCGCCCGAGUGAUGAAAGAAAGACCAAUCCGCGGUGUGGUGCACGCUGCAAUGGUACUACAGGACGGCCUACUCCAGGGCAUGACAGCAGCGCAAUACCAAGCUGCGGUCACCCCCAAACUCCGCAUAGCACAUGUCCUCCAUUCGGUCCUUAUCAACUCUCCACUAGACUUCUUCGUCAUGACUAGUUCGAUCUCGGGCAUAAUAGGCACACCGGGCCAGACCAACUACGGUGCCGGUAACAGCUUCCUCGACGCGUUUGCAGUAUACCGCCAGUCCCUUGGUCUACCAGCCUGCUCGAUAGCGCUACCGAUGCUCCUCGACGUCGGCGUAGUAGCAGAAAACCAAACCGUCGAGGACUCCCUCCAGCGAUUAGGCUUCUACGGAAUCGACGAGAUAGAGAUGCUCGAGGGUCUCGAAGUCGCCAUGUCCCCGAACAGUCCCAGCCAUCUUAUACUAGGCCUCGAUCCUUCCCUGCUACACCGUUCUGCCGGUACAAAUCGUCUAUUCUGGCAUGGCGAUGCUCGUCUACGCGGUGUACAGCGGGACUUGGAUCUUUUGCAGGGUUCGUUGAGAGCUUCGAAGCCGGAUGGGGAAGUUAUCGGUGACGGGGAGGAGCUGGAUUAUGAGACGUUGAUGGCGCGCGUUGGAGAUAGGAUUGUACAGAAAUGCGCGAGUAUGUUGGGGAGGGAGAGUCACGAAAUAAAUUUCAGUAAAGGGACUGUUGCCUCGUAUGGACUGGAUAGUAUGAUUGGGUCCGAAUUGCAGCAGUGGUUGUUUGGGGAGUUUGGACUGGCGUUGAGUUUUCAUGCGUUUACUGCGCCGGGGAUGACGUUUGAGGGUUUGGCGAGGCAGGCGGUUGAGGCGCUCGGGGUGGGUAGUGCGAAGUGA